CCAGGGACCAAGAGAUUUGUUAACCAAGACAGGAAACCCCACAACCCAGAGACCUUAAAAGGGGAGGCUGUGGCAGGGGCUCCAUAAUCCCUGUCCCAGAUUUGGCCUGCUAAGUCCACGGAGAGACGGGUCCUGGAGGUCCAGAUUUGACACCUGCAUGGGCACGGCCCUCCCCAGGAUGGGAAGAGGCUGACCCAGCUCUGGGUCUCUGACAGCACCUGCACGAUGAAGGCUCUCUCCCUUCUCCUCCUCCUCCCUGUCCUGGGGCUGCUGGUGUCCGGCAAGUCAUUGUGUCCUGUGGACGAAGCCAUCAAUCAGAAGAUCCAGGAGGGCAUCAGCUCCCAAAUUCUUGGUGCAGUUAAGGACCUUCAUCUGAACUGCCAAAGCGUCAGCGCCAGGGGGGACUUGGUCACCUGUCCUGCAGGAUUCUCGGUCACCGGCUGCACGUGUGGCUCAGCCUGUGGCUCGUGGGACGUACGCGCCGAGACCACAUGCCACUGCCAGUGCGCAAACAUAGACUGGACCGGCGCGCGCUGCUGUCGCCCACAGAUUGCCUGAGGACGCGCAUGCGCAGCGCAGGCCGGGGUUGGGGGGUGGGGCAGGCGUCGGAGGGGCGGGGCUGGAAAUAAACCUCACGCUGUUGGAGGGGA